AUGGCACACAUACCAUCAUCACAACAGCAACAGCAACAACAACAACAUAUCUUGAGGUCACCAGUAUCCUCAAUAACAACAGCAGCAUCCGCCACGAGAAACGAGCAACAACAGCAACGAAGAGCAACAGCAGCAUCCACUGAAAAUGAUUAUUUGAACGGCACCAUGUCGGAAAAUGGCUCCGGCAAACAACUGCAUCAACACAAAAAGCAGCCCUUGAGCCAUCGCAAUCAUAAUCAUUAUCAUCAUCAUCACCAUCAACAACGUCCUCAUCACCUUUCUCCUCGUCAUCCGCACGAUUCCACUGCUGCUUCUACGACGACUUUAACAAAAGAUGUCCCUACUCCUGGGCCAGCAAAUAAGAGUGAUGCCGAAACAGAGAUCGCCCCUGCUCUUUCUGCUGCUGCAGUUGCUGAUGAGGGUCAAAAAGAAGCCGAAAGCGACGAGGAAGACCGGUAUUGGGACCAAUUUCAAAUGCCAAGACGUGGUCAUCGCCAUCAUCAUCAGCAGCAGCAGUCGCACUCUAAUGUUCCGUCGGCAACAAAACGGGCACGUUACCCUUCCUCAUCCUCAUCUGCAUCAUCCAUCACCACCAGUGUUUUUGAUGACGCGGCAGAUUCCGACAUGAGUGGUCAAGAAGAAGAAGAAGAAGAGUACGAUGACAACAGUAGUGUAGCCGAUGAAGAUGACGAGUCAAGGCGCAGUAGUGGCAACAACAACAACAACAACAACAGUAGCAGCAGUCUGCGACGGAAACGAAAACUCGAAAAGAACAGUUCGAGCACCAGCCGAGAACGGAAAACCGUAAAAGUGUCCCAGUCAACAGUUCAGGAAAAACGCCGCCGCGGGCGUCCACGGAAAGAAUCCACUUCUGAACAGCCGACCGAAAACACUCCCCCCAUUCCUUCUUCCACUUUUGCUGUUGGUUCCACUGAACAACAACAACAACAACGCAAUCGUCGCCGCCGCUCAUCAUCUUCUGCAUCCUCCUCUGUUGGCAGCAGUAAAGAUGCACCCUCUGCGUCAACGUAUGUAACAGCACCCGCUUUCCCAUCAUCAUCAUCAACAUCACCCACUCCUGCCUCGCAGCGGAAGCCCAAGGGACGAGCACCGUGCCAAGAUCCCAACAAGAAAGACAAGGCGGGUCGGACAAAAUUGUUUGUGUUUACUGGGUCGGGCCAGCUCGACAGGGUCAAAGAACUUGUCUGCCGUGGUGCCAAUGUCAACGUGCGUGACAAUGCAGGCUGGUCACCGCUCCACGAAGCAUCCCUCAAAGGCCAACACGAUGUUGCACAGUACCUGGUAUCGUGUGGCGCCGAUGUGAACGCCCGCGGGUUUGGCGACGAUACCCCACUGCACGACGCCAGUUCCAACGGCUAUCCAGAUUGUGUCAAGCUCCUUGUCGAUGCUGGAGCCGAUGUGUUUGCAUUGAACUCGGACAAGCAGACGCCGCUCGAUGUGUGUGACGACCGCGAGAGUGCCCAGAUCCUCGAGGACAAGAUGAAGCAAUUGAAUCGACUGGUUGCGCAAGACAAGAGCGGUCGGACGAUCUUGCACAAUGCGUGUGCUGAAGGGCAUUACGACGAGGUCGCUUUGUUGUUAAAGCAAGGUGCAAACGCCAACGCUCGCGAUAAUGACCAAUGGACUCCAUUGCACGAGGCGUCUCGUCACGGUGACGUUGCUGUUGCGAAAUUGCUGGUGCAACAUGGCGCUGACAUCAAUUACCCCGGCCACCACGGCAACACGCCUCUUCAUCAAGCGAGUAUCUAUGGCCAUGAAAAGCUUGUCACGUAUUUGCUCGAUGCAGGUGCCGAUGUCGACAACACGAACGACAACAGCGAAAGCGCCUACGAUGUGACCGACUACGCCGCCAUUCGUCGCAUCUUGGCCGCUCGCAUUGACGAGCUGCGUAAGCAACGCACUGCAAGUGACGCCAUUGACGAAAUAACUUUUAUUUCCCACACCAAACAGCGACGCCAUCGACCUGAUGCAGCGCCAAGCACAAGCAAUCGCCCCUUGUCGCGCGAAGAACGGAAGAUCAUGGCAAUCAUGCGAUCCUUUGAAGUCAUGGAGCAGAACAAACGACCACGACGGACAAAGCGCAGCCAUGCCUCGGGCAACGAAGAUGAAGAAGAAGAAGACGAGGAAGAAGACCUGCCUGUCAAAGACACCAAGAAGCGUCGUGGAACACCAACGACAACAGUCACAGGAGCUGCAAGACGACGUCAAAAAUCGACUUCUGCCGAUGUUACUUCUUCACGAGAACCUUCGGCCGACCCAGAAACGCGACCAUCAUCAACAUGUGCGACAAAGACAACAGCACCUGAACCACCAACAGGAGGAGGAGGCAAAAAAGUGGAUCUUGCCAAACUGGACCCACGCAAGAAGGAUACGAGUGGUCGUACACAACUGCACAAGUUUGCUUCCCGAGGCGACGUGACUGCCGUCGAGACAUUGCUCAAAGCCGGUGCAGAUCCAAACCAAAGUGACAAUGCCGGAUGGACGCCGUUACAUGAAGCAGCACUUCGUGGCCGUGAGCAAGUCGUACAGUUGUUGCUCGACAAUGGUGCUGAUGCCAACUCAAAGGGCGGUGAUCAGGAUACAGCGCUUCACGAUGCCGUCGAGAACGAACACGUCCAAGUGAUCAGCCAGUUGUUGAAACAUGGUGCGAAUCCACAUGCGCGCAAUGCCAAGGGCGUGACGCCUCUUGAAAUUGCUGUCGAGAAAGGGUUUGAGGGUAUUGAAAAGACAUUGAAGCGUGCCGCUGUCAAGAAUGGUAAAAAGAAAGCCGCCGCCGCCGCUGCGGCAGCGGCUGCUGCCCAGAAAGAAAAAGCUACUGCUGCUCAAAAACCAAUCGCGACCCAUGGUAACACUACUGCCGGUGGUAAUGGCGACGAUCGACAGCAACGUCGUUCAGCUUCGAGCAAGAAGGCCGUCGGUCGUGAUAACGCAACAAAAGAUCAACCUUCUGAACGUCAGCCAAAGAAGCGCCGACUCGUUCGUGCGGCCAACAUGGAGACAAAGCAGACAAAGCAAGAACCGGCAGCAUCAGCUGAACCUGCAGUGAUGGCGGUAGUCAAGGAGGAACAACAACAACAACAACAAGCGGAUGAUGGCAUGCAAAAGGCCAAGGCGCAUGCGCGCGAAUUGUCUGGCCGCCAUUUACCCAAAAAGAAUCUCCAUGCACUGCAACCCACGAUGACGACGACAACGACGACGACGACCGAUAUUUCACCCGAUGGUCCGCACACACCCAUCCCGACGCCACCUCCGGAACGAUGGCACGCGACCAAGGUCAAAGAGGAGAAGGAUCUUGACAGCACGAACGCCCAUUCACUGUCAUCUCUCUUACCGGCCAAUGACAAUGACGACGUCUUGGAUGACAACGACAUGAUGAUUAAAAAGCAGCAGCAGCAGAAACCACCACGAUCAUUGGCGGAUGCAAUGAAGUACUUGCCGCUGUACACCGUCCAGCUGUUUGAAGAAUCAUCCAAAAAGUAUUCGUUCUUUGUGGUGGAUGUACAGGUCAGCAUGCUGCUCAACAUGUCUACCGAAGCAUUCUGGCAGCGGUAUCCUGGGCUGGUGCGUCGACUGGUGAUGCCCAAGGAGAAGGAUCGAUUGUGGUCGCCGUUCUCGUCCAUGAUCUGCCACGACACCAACGGUGGAAUGGACGUCAGAGAAAAGGAGAAACGACGCUUUUCGGACAGCAGUAUGUAUUUUAUACUUCUUGACCAAGUCGUUUCGUUGAUCCAACGUGAUUACAACUAUCUCAGCCAAAAGUUGAUCACAAUCACACUCGAUAUUGGUUACAAGGACGAAAAAACACCUGCAGCAGAUGUUCAGCCUUUUCUUGCCCCUCCCCCUCCUCCUCCUCCGCCGCAGCCGUUUACUACUACAAUUACAACGCCACCCGUUGCUGGUUUAUCCCCUUCGUCAUCGAUCCACAGUCUGCUUAACAACAAUGGCAACAGCGUGCUGAAUAGUAAUGGUAACGGCAGUAACCACGGAAACGAUAGUAGCCAAGCAACACAGCAGCCACCCAAACGACCUGGCUUUGGUCUGCCUCCAAAGUUCUGGUUGAAAAUGCAAAAGUGCGGCAAAUUCAAGAAAUAA